CGUUACCUCGCCCUCCGCAUAAUAAUCUACCUCGCGACACACACACGACCUUCAACUCAAUACCCGCCUCUCACGCAACAAUGGACCAAGUCAAGGAGCUCGCCGAGUACGCUGCGCGCAUCCCAUGCCACAGCUUGCGCUAACCAUGUGCUUCAGUGUGCCCCAGGAGUUCGUCAAGGACGGCCUACAGUUCGUCAACCGCUGCACCAAGCCAGACAAGCGCGAGUUCAUCAAGAUCUCGCAAGCAGUCGGAGUCGGGUUCCUGAUCAUGGGCGUCAUCGGCUACGUCGUCAAGCUCGUCCACAGUACGCAACACCUUGGCCAACCAUGCAACCUGUCUUCUAACCAUCGCGCAGUUCCCGUGAACAACAUUCUCGUCGGCGGCUCAUAGACUACUCUCGCACUCGACGGCAGAACGGCUAGACAUGGGAAUAGGGGCUACGAGGGCACAGGAGAGGAGGGCACUCGUCAGCAGAGGCAGGCGCAAAGGGCGCUGAGGGAGCGCACGCUGGUUGCAUUGGCGCAUUUCGACACGCUUGCACGUUGUAUAAUACCCGCCUCCGGAGGGUUACGGACCUUGGGCUUCGAUAUAUCCAUUCUAGUUCCUCACGAGGCACAUCUUCGGCAUUCGCAGUCGAUCUGGAAGUAAUGCUCCUUUCCAUUCCCAAGAGCUAUGACUAGAUCCUCAGGCAGAAGACCUUAUUCAUCGUACCAGUACCUUCGACCGCCUGUCGCAAUGCUCCUAUAGAGCCGUUCGUCGUGCUGUAGCUGUGCGUUCACCCGUCUGCCU